AUGGCAAUAGCAGCAUUACUAUUCAUAACCGAAAGAUCUCUAUUAGGGGAAAGUCGCCAGGAAUCCAAUGUCCCACAACAUCAAGCGCCAAAUUUCAUUUCCAAUCAAUAUUUGACAUAUAAGACUGAUUACAAGUGGAACUCAAUUAUUAAAAUAACAAGCAAUGAUAAGCUUGAAGUACAUAAUUUCUAUUAUUGUUGUAUAACUAUCAAAGGAGAGUGUGAAUUCAAAAACAAUAAUGCGUUUGGAGAAUAUUUAUCAAUUACAUCUGGUGGAGCCAUGUUUCUUGAUCACUCAGUGAUAACAAUUACAUCUAAUAAUCAAGGAAAUCCAAUAAAUUUCGAAAAUAAUUACGGAUUACUUGGUGGAGCAAUUUGUUGCUAUAGUUGCACAAUGCUAUCAUCAAGUGUGAAUUUUAUAAAUAAUACAGCAUUCAAACAUGGAGGUGCUAUAUAUUUUCAAUGCGAUGGAUCUGAAUCAGUCCAGGAAAAUUAUGAUAUUGGAUGCAUAUACCUUGGAAAUACAGCAUAUUGCAUGGGAGGAGCUAUUUGCAUGACCGAAAGUACAAAUUCUUAUUUUGAAAAUUCAAGCUUUUUCAACAAUAAAGCAGGGAACUCUGGAGGUGCAAUCUACUCACUAGGAACGAAAUAUAUCAAGCUAUUUUCUUGUGCAAUACAGUUGAACAAUGCAACAUCUAAUCUUGGAAACAAGAAUUUUGAUACAAACAAAAUACCGCUCCUUGAACAUGGAAGAGGGGGUGGAGGGUUAUGCAUUAUCAAUACAAAAAACUUAAUUUCCAAAUUUGAUUCGCAAAAUUGUUGUAUCAAUGGUAACUUUGCGAAAAAUGGAAUCACUUUUCAGAAUGGUUCUAGUCAUGAUGUUCUUUUAUUUGGUCAUAUUAAUUGGACCUCAAUCAAUGAUCAUUUGAUUGUAGAAAAUGAUAAAGGAAGCAUCGGUUUGGUCGAAAAAGAUCCAGAAACUAAGUUGAUUAAUAUUAACAUUCAUCAAUUAAAAGAGGAAGGAUAUGUGAAUCAGAUUUGCAAAAAUGUACCAAGCUAUUCAAAUAUGGAGGUAUCAUACAGCUAUGUAUCAAUAGUUAAUGAGAUUGAUAACGAAAAACAUCAUAUGUUCCAGAUCCAACUCCGUUCACUUUAUAUGCAACACCGGCUGUGA